GGAUAUUUUAAGAUCUGAUACAGUACUGUGCUUAUAUUCUUAUAUUGUACAGGUACAGACAUUAGAGUUUUUCGCUUCACCAGCGGAUAGAACUUACUUCCAAGUAUAUGUUUUACUGUUAAAAACUGUGAUCGCUGUUUUACUAGUGAAGGAUUUGAUAUUUUUUUUACCGUAAAUUCGAAUCCUUUUUGUUUAUACUGUGUUAGUGUUAAAGGGAUAGAGACAUUCGUUUUGUAAAAGUUGAUAAAACUCAAUUGUGGCUGCCCGUAUUUUUUUUUAGAAACUCUUGACGUCGUAUUCAGUAAUAUAAAGUGCGUCAUUGUAUAUUUCUUCAUAUUUAAACGGAUUCCAAUUAAUAUACUCAAGGUACUAACAUGGGAAAUGGUGCAAGCGUACAACCUUCAAAGGCUGAACAGGAUAUGCAAAGGCGGAUGACUCUAAUCGAAAGCCAAAAUUCUUUAAGAUGUAAUCCCGUGGAGGAAGAAUGCCAGUCUUUAUCCCCAAAAGAUUUGGAGGCCAUGAAGAUUGACCCCAAGGAUUAUAACUUUUCUUUUGAAAACUUGGUUUUAGAGGGCGGUGGAAUUAAGGGUGCCGCAUACGUGGGGGCUUUAAGGUAUAUGGAAGAAAUUGGACUGGCGAAGAAAAUCAAGAGGUUUGCCGGAAGCAGUGCAGGGGCAAUGUGCGCCUGCUAUCUCGCCGUUGGGUAUGGAAGCGAAGACAUCUCAAAUUUUCUAGAACCAAAAUACAUAUCAUCAGUAUUAAACGACAACCCAUGGGGCGUUCUGAACCUUUUGCCUAAUAUGAUAAAUAGUUUUGGAUGGAAGCCAACAAGCAAGGUUUAUAAUGAAAUGGGAAAACACAUCGAGAAGAAGGUCGGUGAUGCAGACAUCACUUUCAAACAGUUAUACAAGAAGAAAGGUAUAGAGCUGUGUAUCUGCGUUACCAACGUCAACAGAAUGAAUGUAACGUUCUGUCACGUGAAGACCACACCCCAUCUUCCAAUCAGACGUGCUGUGUGUAUGUCCAUGUCCAUACCAGGAUAUUUCCAAGCGUCUAAAGAGACCUUGUUUGGAUCAAUGGAUGUUUAUGUUGACGGUGGUUUGCUGUGUAAUUACCCUAUACACUGUUUUGAUGGUUGGUAUUUAUCAUUGAAGCCUGAUGACAGUUUUCUGACAAAAUUUACUCCAUUAUCCAACCUAACGAAUCUGUAUGAUCCGGCUGUCCGAUUUGGAGGCUUUAAUGAAAAAACUCUUGGAUUUCAAGUGUACUCUGACUAUGAACAAGAUUUGAUGAAAACGGAGUUAGAUAAACGAGUCGGUGUUCUGAUUCCUGCUAAGCCCAGUCAAGAUACCAAGCUCUACAGAAAACUCUUGGAUAUAAAGAAGAAGCAGAAAAAAGUUGAAAAAAUCCAUGCUUGUGUUAUGGACGCUGUGAACGCUUUUCUUGUGACUAUACACAAACACAAUAUUGCUGAUAAAGCCAGUAUGGACCUUGGUGAACUAAAACUAGUUUUUGAAGACAAAGAAAGUUUUACUGAUAAACAUUGUGAAUUACUGUUUGGGGAGGUGAUUUCAGCCGAGGAGGCGUUCGAUUCUCUAGAUAAAGACGAGGACGGACAGGUAGAUUUCGGUGAGCUUAUGGAAUUUAUCCAGAGAACUGGAAUUUGUAUGUUGGAUACCUUCCAAGGUUACAGUCGUCAAGAAAUCUCCGGUUUUUCUUCCUUCGUUGAACGAGUUCAAAACACCAUUUUACUCAAUUUAAAACGCGUCCAUGCAAACCAUGGAGAUUAUCAACGAACUGUAGGAAUCAACACUGGACAUAUAGAAACUGUAGAUUUCGAUAAUAUGGUUUAUGCCGAUCAAAAAUUUGUUGAAGAGAGGGGUUAUAACGCCAUGAAAGCUUUCCUGCAAUAUCACGUGAUCAAUAAAGAUCACACAGAGACUCAAAACCGGAAGUAGGAAACCACAUAACAGGAUGCUGAUAUAAUCUUCAACUUUUUCUUUUAAAUCACAGUUGGAUUUUCCUAUUACAUCAUCUUCGAUUCUCAAAGAUCUCGAGUCAGUCAUACAAUCUAUUUCCCUAUUCUUGACUGUGCUACGCACAUACCUACUACCUAUUCAUUUGGUUAUUGUUAUCAUUAUUUCAAAACAGCGUGUAAAUGGACACGUAUUGUCACUUUCAAGGCCAUGCUUGGCCAUUUUCUGGGGUGAUAAUGUUAUUGUAUCAAUGAAUAAAUGUUACAACUGA